UUCUGUCGCACCGGAAGUCGAGCUUGUCCUCGGCACGCUUACUUCCUUUGCUGAAGGAAGUGCAGUGUUUGUUCCUUCAUGUGUUGUUUACAGAUAAACUCAUGCUCUGCUGUUAACUUGGUCGUUUUAGGGUUGGACAUAUUGCAGGUUAUCAUCCAGGGGACGUAAACAAUGUCAGCGGAAGAAGCAGAUAAAACAAUAACACCGGCGGAGCCUCCUGUGGGGGAUGAGGAGGAGGAGUGGCUCUAUGGGGAUGAAGGAGAGGCAAAAGAGGCAGAGGAAGAAGAGGCCAAACUCACAGCCGCUGUCAGUGCCCCCACUGCUCCUGCAGCCCCAGAGGAGAACAGCACUGGAAAUGGAGUGACGAGUCAGGAGGAGGCGCAGGGUGACAACGAGGACAGCGAGAGUGACAGCGAUGAUGAUGAUGACGACGUUCGUGUUACCAUCGGUGACAUUAAGACAGGCGCGCCUCAGUACACGUCUUAUGGAGCUGCGCCGGUUAAUCUGAACAUAAAGACAGGUGGCAGCAGGCCGUACGGAGCAGUGGGAGCGAAGGUGAAAGGUGUGGAUCUUGAGGCUCCAGGCAGCAUCAAUGGGGUCCCCGUGCUGGAGGUGGACAUGGAGUCCUUCGAGGAAAAGCCUUGGAGAAAACCUGGUGCUGACCUGUCGGACUACUUUAAUUAUGGCUUUAAUGAGGAAACCUGGAAGGCAUACUGUGAGAAGCAGAAGCGGCUGCGGAUGGGCUUAGACUCCAUCACCAUCAGCUCUGCUACCAGCAAGAUUUCUGUAAGUCUCCUGAUCCCCUCAGUCCUGGUUCACUGCUCCACACAGAACACACACAGUGCUGCUGUUCCUCUCUCUUUCUGCACUGUGGUCUUCACCGUCCUCUGUGUUUAUGCUCAGGUUCAGCAGGGCAGGACGGGGAACGAUAAAGAGGCUGCACUUCCUGUUCAUGUCGCUAAAACUGACUUUACCUCCCCAUCUACCCUGUACAAGACCGGCCUAAACCCGGCCAGGAAGACUACUGGGACCAUUGAUGUGAUUGGUGGACAAACAGCCACCAUCAGCAGAGUGGAGGGACGACGCCGACACAAUCUGGAGGGAAAUAACAUCCAGGUGAUCUCUGAACACACCUCCACUGAAGCUGAGGCCACGCCUGCCAAAAUCCCCACCUUCUUCCCCCCAGGGCCCCUCCCUCCCAACAUGCCACCACCUCCAUUCCUGCCUCCGCCCCCUGUUAGCCAGGCUCCACCCCUUAUUCCUCCACCAAGAGUCCCGAUCACCGUCCCUCCUCCUGGUUUCCCGCCUCCUCCUAGCGGCCCACCCCCUAACCUCAUGCCAACCUUAGACAACAGCGGACAUCCAGGAGGAUACGACUGCCGUCCUGUCACUCCGUAUCCUUUCCCACCAGGAGCUUACCCACCACCCUUGCAGGGGCCUGUGAACAACUGGCCCGGGAUGAUAGACAACACGAAGCAGUGGGAUUAUUACCCCCGCCGAGAGAAAGAGCGAGAGAAGGAAAGAGAGAGGGAGAGGACGCGGGACCGAGGACACGACCGGGAGAGAGAGAGAGAGCGAGAGCAUAGUCCCACAUCCAUGGCCUACAACAGUGAUGAGGAGCGCUACCGUUACCGUGACUACGGAGACCGUGGGUACGAGCGUCAUCGGGACCGGUCGAGCCGAGAGAAAGAGGAGAGACACCGUGAGAGGAGACACAGAGAGAAAGAGGAGGGAAGGCACAAGUCCUCACGCAGCAGUAGCAGAAGGAGGCACGACAGUGAGGAAGGAGACGGCCAUCGCAGGCACAAACAUAAGAAGUCUAAGAGGAGUAAAGAAGGCAAAGAGCCGAGCGAGGAGCGAGCAGCUGACCAGGAGAACCAGGAGGCCAUGGAGUAACAUCUCACUUGAGCUCUGAACCAGGCUCGUGCCAGCAGAAACCAAAUCCUCUAUACUCUUCUCUAGCAAUUUUUCCAUUUUGGUUCUUCUGUUUGUUCUGUUUGUGUUUUCUUCAAUUCCUGUGUAGAUGUUGAUUUGUUGGAUUAAAAAAGGCAUUUGGUCAUUUCUGUAA